AUGGAAACCUUCACCCUGUCCUGCUGGAUUCGCGGUGAAGCAGAUGUAUUCGAGAUCGAGAUUUCGACGAAAGCGAACAUGCAGAAAGUUCUCGACCUCUUCCCCCUCCUCGUCCCAUCGGGUGCAGAUUACAUGGAUGAACUCGGAAAUUGGACGAUGGAUGGCAAAAAUCCUUUGCGCACGUUAGAAGAGUUGUCCAGUGUUUUCCAAACUCGCGAUGAGGAUGAACAAUGGAUUGCCAUUGUCGACUAUCCACGUCAUGCCAUCUUGGGUCAAGCCAUCGAGGGAUAUGUUUUCGACGAAACUCCGAUGUUUCGUGAUGUAUACGCCACGUCGCUGCAGCUCUGGCGUGUGGACCUACUCAUCGACGACACAGUUGAAGAAACUAUUCGAAAUCUCGGUCUUAACUACGAUGAUAUCCUUAAACCCGCUACAUUGCUAUCUGAGAUCUUUCCCGAACUUCCUAAUUGUAGGGCUCUCCACGUUGUUGUUGCACCUGCCGGCGUAAAGCAGGGGCCCCCUUUGCAUCCGCAGCACCGCGUGUCGGCACAGCGAGGUGCUUUCCUUGCCCAAGUUCAGCCAAAGGCCCCGUCGUUCAUUGCACGACCUUCCGAAUUUUAUAAGUUCCAAGCGAUCGAUGGUCAGACUAUUUACUGCAACCGCCCUGCCGAUGCUGUGGCCAUCAUUCCUCCGACGUUGCUUCACCGCGCGUUUGGUGACUUCCUUCAUGACUGUGACGUGGUUGAACCAACCCACGAAGAUAAUUCUUUCGUGAUGAAGCUGCAGACUGUGAUGUCAAACCAUUAUGAUGAUGAAUGGAAGGCUGUUCAACUCCGUGAGCUGUUUGAAGGGUGGGGCCUGACUUUCAUGCCCUCCAUGGCAUAUCACGGCUACAUGACGAAUUGGGAUAUGCGCGAGGGAGAGUAUCGCUACGCUAUCGCCCAAGUCAAAAAUGAAGUGGGUAGCACGCAAGCUGAUCUCUAUAACCAAGCGACUUUCUACUACGUGGAGUUUUCGAGACAGUAUGCGGAAAAGAUGGCAUUGUCACCUUUACCUUGCUUCAUCAUUCUUCUUUUUGGACCGUUAAUUAUGUUUGCAGGAGCAGUGUGGAACGUUCGCCCAGUUAUCCAACCUCUCUCGUUCGUUCUCCCACUUCACUACCAUCCAACCGAUACCUAUAUGCAGACCACAGUGGCUCGUCACCUUAAAGCGUUUAAGAAUGCUGUUGUCACGCUUGAAGGGUAUUAUCAAAGUCUCUCAUUGAAUAAUAACCCAUCUGACUCGCACCAUUCGCAACUGUUCCCAUAUCCCACCUCCUUCAAGUCUCUUGGGAGUAACGCAAUGGAAGAAUUUGAAUACACAUCGCAGUACCCAAACAAGCUUAUCUUUUUUGGUACUCUUGCUGGCGAGCGCAUUUGUAUCAAAUUUGAACUCUGUGAUGUCGACCCACCUCCUUUGGUUUUCGAACGGAUCAGAACCCGCCUUGACGAGUUACAUCAACAAGGCUAUGUUCAUGGUGAUGAGUUCAUGUUCGUUGACUUCGACUGGGCAGGAAAGAUUGGAGAAGUGCGGUAUCCCCUGAAUCAUGAUAGGGACAUGCUGAAACUCAUAAUCAUGAGUUUCGACAAGGGGGAUAAGUGUCGGGAGGAUGAUCAGGCACAGAGUGAGAAUGUGGACGAGCGAGAAAGCAAGCGUCCGCGGUUGACUGAAUCAGGGGUUGAGGAGUAG